AAUGUCUUCACUUCCGGUAACGGUUUAACCGCUGCCGGGCCCCUGCUUCAGCGCUCCUUAUUCUCUCAGUUGUAGUCAUGGCCCUCUCGACGCCACUGUCUCCUGAAGACCUGCUGCUGUCCAAGGGAGGCGCCGGCAAAACUGAGGAGCUGGAAGAGGAUACAGAGGAGGACGAAGAUGAGCAGGAUGAGACCCUGGCAGAGAGACUUUGGGGUCUGACAGAGAUGUUUCCAGAAAGCCUUCGAUCGGCAGCUGGAGCUACCUUCGAUGUAUCCCUUUCUGUAGCUCAGAAAAUGUACAGAUUCUCCAGGGCAGCUUUAUGGAUUGGGACCACUUCUUUCAUGAUCCUAGUUCUUCCUGUUAUUUUUGAAACUGAGAAGCUGCAAAUGGAGCAGCAGCAGCAGUUACAACAACGGCAGAUUUUAUUAGGACCAAAUACAGGGCUCUCUGGAGGAAUGUCAGGUGCUCUGCCUUCUCUUCCUGGAAAGAUUUAAUCAAGCUACUGGAGCCAUAUUAUGGAAGGAAAUACUGAAAUUGUUUGUUUGUUAGGCAGGGGUAUUUUUUUCUUGGACAUGUGUUCAUGAUGGAGGCAAGCCCCAAUAUGAAUUUCAUGACAUUGACCUCUUCUUUAAUCCUUAGGCAAUCGUGAUUUUUUUUCCCUCCCUCAGUUGAUAAUCAAAGCAAUUAACAAGGACUCAAGCUUCUAUUUUGGUAUCCUUAUCUCCAGGAAACCACCUCAGGACAUGCCAGAUUCUGGCCAAAUUUAGUUAAUGUCUAUCAGUACAGUCCUGUGUUCCUCUCCUGGUGUAUUGAAGAUGGAUUUCAGAGUAGAAACAGCAAAAACUGAAAUAUAUAUGCUACAAGUACAGUAUAUGGAACAAUCUGGUAUAUACUAAAUUUCACUGAGCAAGCUUCUACUUGAGUUACAUGUUUUAAUAAUGAGGGAAGCUGGAUAAGUCAUUUUCACCAAUUCUGCUGCAUCUAUUAGUACUGAAGUCAGCAACAGCACUUUUGUAUUAAAUAGUUUGAGUGCAA